UUCACAAACAUCCUAACUUGUUGUAGUUGAAUAUCCGGUUUCCCCCUGUCCAAGACACCACCUUUAAAACACCCUCCCAAAAAAUCACACCCCAAUUUACACAUUCACAAUUAUUAUAAUUUUAACAAUCAAACCCACAUUAGGGUUCAUCAUCUUCUUCAAAUUCACCCAAAUUCAAUCACAAAAAAUGGACAUAAACCAUGAGAACGAGUUGAUGCAGAAAUUGCAAGAUUUACAAAAGCAGCUAGGGAAGAAACAAAUGUUUGAAGAAGCUGUUUCUUCAAUCAGAUCUUUACUUCAUCAGUUUUACCUUUCGGGUUCUCCUUCGCUUCGUAAAUUGUUUUUCACUGUGAUAUCUCGUGUUGCAACCGUAUUAAAGACGAGAUACACAUCACCGGGAUUCUGGAACGCUGGACUAGGGCUCUUUCUUGAGGCUGAACAAUUGGUGUCUGAGUCUUCAGAAAAGCAACACUUACAAACUUGCAUUGCUAGAGCCCGAGAGCAGUUGAAUGAAGUGGAUAAUCAACCUGAUGAAUCUGCACAAAACACGAGAAAUCAAGGAUACCUGUUUGAAGGGCAUCUUACGGUGGACCAAGAGCCUCCACCGCCUCAAUGGCUGGUCCAGUCAAAUCUUAUGACAAGCAUUGCGGCUUCCAUGUCUCAAGCGGAAACAUCAGACGGGUCUAACGGUUUACCACAAGAGCUGAUGGAUAGAAUUCAGGAGCUUAUGCCUAACAUAACAGACGAAUCCAACAAUCUACCACAGGAGAUGAUAGACAGACUUAUGGCAAUGUUCCCAGAGGGGGAUUCAGCCCCGAGAGCACCACCAGCAAGUAAAGAAGUGGUUGCAAAGCUUCCGGUAAUCACUGUUACAACGGAGAUAUUGGCUAAGAUGGGAGCAGAUGCCGAAUGUGCCAUUUGUAAGGAUAAUUUGGUGGUUGGCGACAGUAUGCAAGAGAUGCCAUGCAAGCAUACGUUUCAUCCGCCUUGCCUUAAGCCAUGGCUGGACGAGCACAAUUCUUGCCCGAUUUGUCGGCAUGAAUUGCGAACGGACGAUCAUGAAUAUGAAAGCAGGAAGGAGCGGGAGAAGGAGGCCGAGGAAGAACGGAAAGGAGCUGCGAAUGCGGUCCGUGGAGGUGAAUAUAUGUAUGUAUAGGCUAUUAAAAGGAACCUGUAUUUGUGAUUUUUUUUGUAUGACAUUGUGUUACCUUUUGCACUUAAAAAGUUGAGUAUAAUAUAUUUGAUCCCACAUACGUUCUAAUAAAAUGUUUGGAUGAUGGUAA